UUCAGAUGCCCUCAGGGCCCCGGUGUGCCUGCAGUGUGCACCCUCUCAGGGGGUGAGGUGUAGGGUGGUGACAGUGAUGUCUCUGUGCGGACACUGACCCCUCCUCUCACCGGACCUGUAUAUCUGCCUCCUGGCUCCUUAUGGGCACAGACUCGAAAUGCCAUAAAAACAAGUUCUUCCACCUUAUUGAGGAGAACCGUGAGAGUGGUUGGUCGUGGUAGACGUCACAAGGAAGUACUGUCACUAAAAUAUGUAGUGAGGCUUCAGUCAGGUCCCAUCCACUCUCCGCAGGGACUUACUGAGACUUACGGGUUCCUUCUUCUACAGACUUUAUAUGGAUUAUUCCUAAAAACCAUGCACCUCCCUUCAGAGGAACUAGGGCAAGAACCACCAGAAGCCAUCAUAUAACCUCAGAGGAGUGAGAUUCCUUGCACCAGGAACAAGAUGCAUCUUCAGUGGAUAUUUCUCUUCUUGAUGGGGUCUUGUUGGAUAGGGCCAACUGAGGAGACGAUGGGGUUAUUGGACCUGUCAUCACUGACGCAUUUUAUGGUGCACGAGGACCACGACAUUGGAUCUGAUACAGUCAUAGAAAAAAGAUUGUCAAGAAGAAAGCGUGAUACCACCCUUUUGGAGUAUACAGCGGAUAUAGAGAUCAGCUUUCCGGACCCUUCGUUUGCAAACCUCAUAAAGCAGUUCCUAGCAACGAACCUGACGUUUCCCAUCAUGCUUGGCGCUAACGAUACUCAAAUUACAAGUAUCCAAGUAACAACAGCCUGUAACCAAACGGGAAGCAACGUGCAGUGUUCCUGUCAGAGCGGCUACAAAUGGCCGUCAGCUGUAUGUACGUCCUACAGUCCUUGUGCAGGAUCCAGCGCAAGCAGCAGUGACUGUAGCGGCAACUGUAUUCAAGGCACAAGUAUUCCAACUCAGUACUGUCAGCCACAACCAGUGUCUAUAAACCUCAGCCUAAGAAUUAAUGAAGUGUUCACGUCAGACUUUACCAACCCGACAUCAGCCAAAUACAUCGAAUAUAAGGAAAAACUGGAAGCUCAGUUGAACAAGAGUUAUCAAUCUCUCCCUGGAUUUGUAUCUGUCACUGUUACAGGCUUCAGGCCUGGGAGUAUUGUUGCGGAUUACACUCUUGUCACCGAGCCAACGUCUAGCACUGCCCUUACAACCGCCAACACCAACCUAGUAAAUAACUUACUAAACUUGGCAAAUAUCAGUGUGGACCCAUCAAUAAAAACUAUAAUAGCCGGCCAGAGUAUCAUCACAGUUAAUCUAAAAAAUAUUUUCAUCAAAGACAAUGUGGUCCUGACGUGCAGCGUGAACAUCUCCUCGUAUUCUAGUGUUUCCUGGUAUUUCAAUAGCACACAACGUAUUCAGGACACUUCAUAUACAACAAGCAGCACAGGCAACACCACACGAUCCAUCUUAACCAUCAAUGGCGUAUCGCAGAGCAAUGGCGGAAAAUAUACCUGCAUAAUAGAAGACAUUGCAAACUCGUACCAGUCGGAGCAGACUAUAGUUGUUCAGCCAUUGACUUUUACAGUCUUGAACACGAAUGUUGCCUGUAAUAGCAUCCCGGCUCCUAUACUUCAGUGCUGUACGCAAGGCUCAAGUACGGAUUUUAACCUGACCUGCAUGGGAGGGACAGUAGGAGCAGGAGUUGCAGUAAACCGCUCUCCCUGUUGGACGUACCAACUUACAAUAGAUCCGGCAACUUGUCCCAGUUCAACGUCUAAAACCUAUUCCUGCACGUGUUACACAGGAAAUGGGGCCAAUGAGAAGCUUGAUGUCAAUGUGAUAUAUCAACCUACAUAUGUUGCUACUGUGACUUCAAGUGUGAACAGUAUUUCAGAGGGAAAGACCUUGACCAUGUCCUGUAGUUGUACUGCCACCUCAGUGCAAAGUAUCAGCUGGUACUUACAAAAUACCCUCAUACCCAGCGACUACUAUAAAAAUGAUCUAACUGCUUGUAGAUCUACACUGACCAUCCCAGAUUCUAUACUGACUGUAGCCUGGACUGGAACUUACAGUUGCUCAGUGACCAAAGACAGCAGCAAUUUUGUGUCACCAGGCCGAACUAUCACUAUUGCUCGUCUCAUCAGAUCCAACCAGAUUAGCACAGCCCCAGUUGGGUCUCUCACUUACACAAGUGGACAAAAUAUUACUUUUCAAUGCUGCAUAGGUGAUACAUCAACAUACCCAGGAGCGGUUUUAAUUAUGACAACCAACUCGGGCUCUCCUAGCAGAACAGGUAUGAAUAAAGAAAACUCAUGUUUUAAAUAUUUGUACAUUGCUACAGAUAGAACCAAGGAUUUCACUGCUCAGUGCAACAUUACUAAUUCCAUUAAUGACACUGUUUUAAGUAACAUUAUGUCACUGAAAUAUUUGGAAGCUCCACAGUGCAGGAAUCCUGCGGGAAGCAUAGGUUCUAAAUAUCAAGUUUUAUGUAAGGAUGAGGAUUCAACAUUAACAGGAACGAAAACUCUCAUCUGUCAACAAAGUGGAAGUGAAACCAAAUGGGAAUCGGUAGCAAGUGAAUCAAAUUGUGUGUCUGCUGUUCUGGUCAACUUUCAGAAUACACUGAGCACUUUGACAAGCCCCACAUCUCAAGCAGCAGUUCAAGAUGUCCUUGUGAACUUAACUUCCACAGUAACUGCCAACCAAGAGAUCGUAACAAAACCUAAUAAUCUAGAAGCCGUGGUUAAGAUAUUAGGGCAGGCGGAAAAUGUUCUUGUCACAGUGGAGAAGCCGGUGAUGGAGAAUUUCCUUCAGACGGUCAACAUCGUCGUGGCAAAUACAACAACCUGGCAACAGGUUGAAAAUAAGACUGCUGCAAGUUCGAAUCUUCUCCAAUCUGUAGAAAGGUUUACAGAAAAGCUUGUGAUCACAGGACCAGUGGAAAUAAAAAAUAACACCAAUAUUCAAUUGACCGGCAACAUUAUAAGUAACUUGACAAAUGAUUACAAUGCAAAUUUUGACUUCAACCAAGCAAACAACUUGACUGGAAACGUCUUGAUUAAUAAAACAACCCUAAGUACCUUUCCAUCAAACACCACUGUGGUAAGCGUUGCCUAUGCUACAUUGAAGGAUAUUUUAGGCAGCACCAAUGAUACGUCCUCUAAAGAAGGGGUCAUCAAUGGUCUCGUCAUGACGACAACAGUGAAGGGCUAUACCAACAUCUCUAUUGCGAUGGACUUCAAAAAGAAUAACCAGUCGUUGAAUAAAACAACGUGUGUGUUUUGGAAUUUCAACAUAACGGACUGGGACAGUACCGGCUGCCAGCCUCAGUUCAACAAUGACAGCACAAUGGUAUCAUGUGCCUGUAGUCACCUGACCUCAUUCUCUGUUCUCAUGUCCACCGACAUCCCUCUUAAUCCAGAAAUAGAAAAAAUAUUGACGUAUAUUACAUAUUUUGGGUUGGGCAUCUCAAUUUUGAGUCUGGUCAUCUGCAUCAUAAUAGAGGCUACAAUUUGGAAAUCUGUAACCAAAAAUAAGACCUCUUACAUGCGUCAUCUCUGCAUCAUGAACAUCGCCGUGACGCUCCUGAUGGCCGACAUCUGGUUUAUCAUUGGUGGAGCUAUGAGUGACUCUAAAAAGGCAGAUGCUUGUGUGGCAGCAACUUUUUUCACGCACGUCUUUUACCUCUGCACCUUUUUCUGGAUGUUAACCAUGGGGCUCAUCCUCUUUUAUCGUCUUAUGUGUGUGUUCCAUGACUUAAGCAAGACGGUCAUGAUGGGAAUCUCCUUCUUCUUGGGUUACGGAUGUCCUAUUAUUAUUUCGGUGAUAACAGUAGCAGUCACCCAACCAAGAAAAAUAUACACUUCAGACCAGGCAUGCUGGCUCAGAGUGACAGAGAGCAGAGCGUUUCUUGCUUUUGUUGUUCCAGCACUGACUAUUUUACUAGUGAAUUUUAUUACGUUGUUUGUGGUGAUCAUAAAAGUCCUCAGACCUUCUGUAGGUGACCGGCCAAAAAAAGAGGAGAAGAGUUCCCUAAAUCAUAUUGCAAAAUGUAUAUUGAUCCUGACUCCACUUCUCGGACUCACCUGGGGCCUUGGAAUAGGAACACUUUUCAGCAACAACGAAGUGGUGCAUGGGAUCUUUUCAGCACUGAAUGCACUUCAGGGAUUGUCUAUUCUUCUGUUUGGAUGUUUGUUGGACAAAAAGGUACGGGAUGCAUUAUUGAGCCGAUUUUCAGUCUCCAGAUGGUCUUCCCAACAGACAAAGUCAACCAAUCUCAGUUCUUCAGAUCCUGUGUUUCCGAAAGGAGGUAUCAAUUUAUUUGGCAGAAAAGGUGUUUACAACAUUUCUAAUGCCCAAACCAGCUCAUCCAGUGAGAUGUCGAACUCUUACUCCCUGCUCAACUGAUCGCGGUGCAUGGCAGAAUAUAUUCACAUUGCAGAACUUUUCCGUCAUCGUUCUGUCUGUUCAGUCUACUGUAUGCACUUUAUUCCGUAUCAGCCAAGCCUGUCACUCCUAGUGCAUUGUAUCCAGGCUCACUAUGGCCCAGAGGCCGGAGCUAUUUUUUCCACGCAUUUACUGUAAUGAUGAACUUGUGAGACUACAGUACCUUACCGCGGCAUCCGCUUCUGCUCGUAGUUGUCCAUUUUAUCCCACUGUGGAGAACGGCACCAUGUGGAAUUCCGUUUCUAAAUAUGUAUGCAAUGGACUGAUGAUAUUACUGUAAAUACUAUUGUUCAGAUGUUAAGGACACAUUGGCAUCACAACCUCCUAUGUUUACAAAGAUGUAGCGGCAUCAUUGGUGAGGCUCAGGACUCAGUGGGAAUGCAACCCAAGGCAUAGUGAUAUCAGUGCACAAACGCAUGGUGACAUCAUUGGUUAUGAAUGCAGACCCCAGAAUUCAGAGUAUAAUGAGAUCAGUGAGAAGCCUAUCAAUGUACAGGGUUAUACCGACAUUACUAAGCCGCCUAAAACGAGACUUCAUGGAAAUACAACCCCAUAAUUCACAGCAGCACUGUUAGAUCACUGAGAGGACAUCCUCUAGUGAACAAAGCCAUCUGCAUCCUCUAGUGAACAAAGCCGUCUGCAUCCUCUAGUGAACAAAGCCGUCUGCAUCCUCUAGUGAACAAAUUCGUCUGCAUCCUCUAGUGAACAAAGUCGCAAUGAAUGUAAAAACACAAUAUUGUCAAAGAGUAUCAUCCAAUUUAAGUAACCACUGGAACUACAAGGAAAUACAAGGGUAAAACCACCAAUGGGGACUACAAAUGAAUAAAGAACUGCUGACAUCAUUGGGAUACAGCAUAUCCAUUCAAAUGGAACCAAUCACUUGGAUACAGUUGACAAAUUCACAUGGAACCAAAGACAUCACAGGGAGUUUAGUCAGUUAUUACAUCGUGUCAAUGGGAAUAAAACCAAGUAAUACAGGAGGAACCAGCGACAUCACUAACAAUUUAGGAGGAACCUAUGACAUCAUUGACGACGCACCUUGUCAAUGGAUACGGAACCGGUGACAUCACUGAGGACGCACUAUUUCUAUUUUUAUGUAACCAAUGACGUUGCUAAGAAUGCUGCCUAUCCUAUCCCUAGAAAACAAGUCAUUACAAAUACUGGGAUCAUUGAGGUCCCCGAAGCAUCUCGCUAAAGUGUCACUAAAUCUAAAUAGUCCAUGUAAAAGUUAAGAGGCAAAGAGCUGCAGACACCAUUGAAUAGCUGUUAGGGUAUAACGGGAAGUUCCACCUUUUCUGGAGAUGAUGGUGGUUGCUAAACCUAUAAAAUCGUCUUUUUAUUUCUGAGCAAAGGGUCAUGGAGGCGGGGUUUAUCUGCUCAAGUGCCAAAGCCUGGAAUGCCUUCUCACUUAGCCUCACCUCCCGGCCCCUCCUUGAAUGGUGUAAAGAGCACUGUACAUCAUAUAAGGGUGGGCUGGGAGGUGAGGGCAAGUGAGUAACUGGCUGUGGCACUUGAGCAGCUCAGCCCUGCCUCCUUGACACUUAGCUGAAGAAAAAAAAAAAGGCAAUUUCAUGAGUUUAUGCAACCACCAUCAUCUCCAGGAGGUAUACACUUUGUUUCUAUACCAGUUUUUAGUAACCAGGUGCCUCCAGCUAUUUCAAAACUACAACUCACAACAUGCCUUCGGCUGUCCGGGCAUGCUUGGAGCUGUAUUUUUGCAACAGCUGGAGGCACCCUGGUUGGGAAACACUGGUCUAACUGAUUAAAGGGGUACUCCGGUGGAAUUUUUUAUUUUUAAUCAA